AUGGCUAGCUUCCAUGAAUCCAGCACAGCCAUUCCGUCGCUCUCCGGUUGGCUAUCCGGUGAGUUACCCGAAGAAACCUGGGAAGCCCUUCAAAACGUCACCGUGGAAUCCCCAACUAGGUAUGUGAGCAGAUACACGAAGCAGUGGGCUAUUCAUCAGGAUGCCGUUGGAUCACCACGAACGCUCGGUUUCACAGUACCCACCAGCCUAUCCUCAGUCUCCGAAUGCAUGGAAGUGGGUGGCGAUAGAAAUCCGGAGAUGAUCCAUACAAAGAUUGAAAUCACCAUCGAUCCAUUAGAUCAAUUCCGGACCUUAGUUAUUUGGGCUAUGUUAUAUUAUCAUAGAAUGAAAGAUUAUGAAGGACCCGAUAGAGAUCUUGGUCAUAGAUCAGACCUAAUCCCGACAGAAUAUGAACAACAUGCCUGA